AAGUUCAUCUGUUUCUUCAUGAAUUUCAGCAAACCGCUAGUAGGCUAUGACGCUGCGGCUCGGUUACUGCCGGGCGUUCGCCCUCGGUGUUUUUAUCGUUUUCACGUUUGUGCAACACGUCGAGGCUUUGCGUGGUUGUGGAGGCUGCGCCACCGCCUUGGAAGCAAGUGGAGGAUGCAAUUGCGCAGGAAUAAAGGGAAGACCUGGAGGUCCCGGCUUACCUGGACAUCCAGCACCUCCUGGAUCAUACGGUGACACUGGUCUUCCUGGACCAGAUGGGCCAAAGGGUGAAAAGGGUAUGGCUGGUGAAAUAGGAGGACAGGGAGAACUAGGUCCAAGGGGUGACGAUGGUAUUCGAGGACUUACUGGAACUCCUGGUUUCCCCGGAAAUGAAGGAGAACCAGGAUUCGCUGGUCCCCCAGGGCUAGAUGGUUGCAAUGGAACUGACGGAGCCAUAGGACGAAAAGGAUGGAGAGGACCACCAGGAGAAAGAGGUCUAGCAGGUCGUGAUGGACCACCAGGACCAUUAGGAGAACCUGGAGAAGGUGGGGGCAAUUCUAUCGGAACCAAAGGUGAAUCUGGUAUACCAGGAUACGAUGGUCGUCAAGGUCCGCAAGGACCUAGAGGAUUGAUGGGACCACAAGGUUAUAUUGGAGCUACAGGAUUACAAGGAAUAACUGGAGAAGCUGGGUUCUGGGGACCAACUGGAGAUCGCGGAGAUUAUACUAAGGGAGUAGCAGGUGAACCAGGUAAAGCUGGAGAUAUCGGUCCAGCUGGUGAACCUGGAGAAUCUCCUGACAAUGAACUGUGGGUUCUCCCCCCAAGUCUAUCUUUACGCGGCAUACGUGGAGAUAGAGGAGAGAAAGGAGAAAUAGGACCAAGAGGACUCAAGGGUCAAACAGGUUCGAAAGGUUACCCAGGAAUCUCGGGACUCAAAGGACAACGUGGAUUACCUGGUGAUGAAGGAUACGAAGGACCCAGAGGAAAAAAUGGUCGGCAAGGUCCUCCAGGUCCAAGUGGAGAAAAAGGCGAUAAAGGAGCACCUGGUUACGCUGGAAAUCCUGGUACAGAUGGUGCAAAAGGUGCCAUGGGUGAAAACGGACCACUUGGACGUCCUGGUGUACAAGGUAUCGAAGGUCCAAAAGGAUUAUACGACCCCACACUCGACAAAAUCGUACCAGGUGUCGAAGGUCCCCAAGGACCUAUCGGUCCACCCGGAGAAAGAGGUAUUACAGGUAUUCCUGGUCUGGAAGGAACACCAGGACCCCAAGGACCCCCAGGGAUACCAGGGCCCCCUGGACCAACUGGUGGAGCCGGUAUCAAAGGAAUGACCUGGAAAGGUGAACACGGUAGUCGAGGUUUACCAGGACAGCCUGGAAGAACUGGUCCAAGAGGUCCUACUGGCCCAGCAGGACCGACUGGAACAAAAGGAUUCAGGGGUGAUGACAUAUUCGGUCCUGCUGGAGAACCAGGUAUGCCGGGAAUGCCGGGAAUUGGAGGAACCAGAGGUGAUCGAGGUGAUGUUGGUUUGACUGGACCGAAAGGUUUUCCAGGAAUCGGUAAAGAUAUGACUGGACCACCUGGAGAACCCGGACCACGAGGAUUCCCAGGAACACCAGGAGACGAUGGUGUACCAGGAUUUGAUGGUUUGAAUGGCUUGAAAGGAAAAAGAGGAGAUGACUGUGGAGUUUGUCGUCCAGGUUUACCUGGAACAAAAGGUGAGAAAGGUGGAAGUGGGCGAUCUGGUUUCCCCGGACCAAUGGGAUUUGUGGGAUUACCUGGACCUAGAGGCAAAAGCGGUCAACCCGGAAAGCAAGGUCCCCCAGGACCUGAGGGUCUAGAUGGUGCUUCAGGAUCUCCAGGAACACAAGGAGUGCCUGGUAUACCUGGACCCGAUGGACGACUGAUCUUCCCGGCUCCGGGACAUACAGAGGCUGCUGAGAAAGGAGAUCAAGGUUUUCCGGGUUUUAUGGGCAAUGAUGGAUUAAUGGGAGCUCCUGGUAUGAGAGGACCGGUUGGUAAACAAGGAGUUAAAGGUGAACAAGGUGCGCCUGGACCAGAUGGAGAAAAUGGGUUAGAUGGGUCCCCGGGAAGAGCUGGACCUAGAGGUCCAAAGGGAUUCGCUGAUGAAAGAACCAAGGAGGACCUUAUGGGUGCCAAAGGAGUGCGAGGAAGAAUGGGACGGAAAGGAGAGCCAGGUAGUGAGGGUAUAAAAGGAGCAAGAGGAAACGCAAUAGCAGCUAAUAAGGUUCAAUUAACUGGGGACAAAGGUUUCAAAGGUUUACCAGGAGAGCCAGGUACAUAUGGUCGGAAAGGGCUCAAAGGUUUGAGAGGAGAUCUUGGAGCAAGAGGAAAUAUUGGUUAUCCUGGACCACCGGGAAGGACUAUUCGUGGACCGCAAGGUUCUAAAGGAUAUCCUGGUGUUCCGGGCGAUAGAGGUCUACAAGGGCCAACUGGAAUCGAAGGUCAACCUGGAGAAAUGGGUUAUGAUGGCAUUUUUGGACAAAAGGGAGAUAGAGGUAGUCCUGGUCUAGCCAUUUUAGCUGGAGAACAAGGACCACCUGGUCUUCAAGGACCGAAGGGUCAACCAGGAGAUUUUGGUAUGGUUGGUUUCACAGGAAGAGACGGUUUUCCAGGUCUCCUAGGAGAGAAAGGACCUAAAGGGGCUCCCGGAAUAGCGGGUGCACCAGGAUUGUCUGGCAUGAAAGGACAAAUGGGUGAUGUGAGACGGGGGCUACCUGGUCCAGAUGGAUUCGAAGGAAGAGUUGGAGAAAAGGGUUUUCAAGGCGAUGUAGGAUUCAGUGGUCUGGAUGGUUGGCAAGGGAUUAAAGGAGCACCUGGAGCUAAGGGAGACCCAGGAUUCCCAGGAAUAUCUGGUGCACCUGGAGAUGAAGGUGAAGCUGGUUUCCCAGGACGUCAAGGAUAUGUAGGUAUGGCUGGAAUACCUGGUUCGAUAGGACAAAGAGGAGAUGUGGGUUUCCGAGGAGGCAGGGGACCACCAGGUCCGCAAGGAUUGCUAGGCAGGGCCGGAUUCAAGGGCCAAAGGGGUGAUAAAGGGCUACGAGGGUUUGAAGGUUUCGAAGGAGAUCCUGGUCUGCCAGGACCAAGAGGAGAUCAGGGUUUUACAGGUAUCAAGGGUGCACGUGGUGACUCCUCUUUCAGUGGACCCAAAGGAGAACAAGGAGAUUAUGGCUUAGGUGGACCACCAGGUUUCGAUGGAGCUCCUGGAGUUCCUGGACAGCCUGGUGCACCUGGUUUGAAGGGUUACGAUGUUUUUGGUUUAGAUGGUUUGAAGGGAGAGAGCGGCGAGUUUGGUCUGGAUGGUAGAAAUGGAGCCAUUGGGUUGAAAGGAGAAAGAGGCGAAGUGGGUGUCGAUGGAUUACCGGGGCAGAAUGGAGAUAAAGGUUUCAAAGGAUUUAUAGGAUCGCCAGGAUUAAAUGGUCUACCUGGAAUAAAAGGAGAAAUUGGAGAGAGGGGAUUUAGAGGAAUACCAGGAAGGAAAGGAGAAAGAAGCAAAGACGGCGAACCUGGCCAACUAGGAAGACCAGGACUGCCUGGAGAUGUUGGACCACCAGGAAUAACAGGACCACCUGGUUCUCCUGGAUUGAAAGGAGAUAAGGGUUUACCUGGAUUCCCAUCAUUUGGUAAUGUUGAACCUGGAGAUAUGGGUGACACCGGUUUCCAUGGACUAAAGGGCGCUAAAGGUCUUCAAGGUGAUCAAGGAUAUCCCGGAAGAGAUGGCUUAAAAGGAGAAAGAGGAGAUAACGGAUUUGACGGUCUAACAGGCGAAACAGGAUUUCCAGGACUUAAAGGCGGAAAAGGUGACGAUGGUUUACCAGGAUCACCAGGUCAACCGGGACAAAACCCGGAAUUUGGCGAACCCGGAGAGCCAGGAUUCGAUGGAUUCGAAGGACCUCCUGGAAAGAUGGGACAGAAAGGUGCUCCAGGUGAACUUGGAGAAGAUGGGUAUCGUGGAGCCCCUGGAAUUCCAGGAAUAAGCUUAAGAGGUCCCAAAGGAAUGCAAGGAAAUAUAGGAUAUCAAGGUAUUCGAGGAGAAAUAGGUUUGGAAGGUAUGGCAGGACAAGAUGGUUUUCCUGGAAUUCCUGGAGAGAAAGGUAUCCAAGGGGACUAUGGAUUUCCGUCUAUAAAUUCCAAAGGACAAAAAGGUGAAAUAGGUUUCCGAGGAGCUGUUGGAUUCAGAGGUGAAAAAGGGCAACGUGGUGACAUAGGUAUCGAAGGAAGUCCUGGGUUCCAAGGACGCCAAGGUGUUAAAGGAAUGCGAGGAAACGAAGGUUAUCCUGGACCCCGUGGAAUUGAUGGAUUCAAUGGCCAGAAGGGUGAGCCUGGUGACUGGUUCACUACUAUAUUCCCUGGUGCGCCAGGAGAUCAAGGUCUUCCCGGUUUUGACGGUCAGAAAGGAAUGAGAGGAUUUCCGGGACGUCCUGGGUUGAAAGGAAGAAUAGGUGAAAAAGGUUACAGAGGUGAUGUUGGUUUCGAUGGAUUGCCUGGUUUGAAAGGUGCAAAAGGACAAAGAGGUGAUAUAGGAUUGCAAGGAGCCGCAGGCAUAAGAGGUCUACCUGGGCAAAAGGGACCUAGAGGAGAUCCGGCUCCUUCCCCUCCAGGGCCGAAAAGUAGAGGUUUCUACUUCUCGAGACAUUCUCAGUCUGAACAGAUUCCGAUUUGUCCGAGAGACACGAUUAAACUUUGGGAUGGAUUCUCUUUACUGCAUAUAAUGGGAGAUGCCCAAGCUCAAGGACAAGAUUUAGGUGCUCCUGGAAGUUGUCUCCGAAAAUUCAACACGAUGCCAUAUCUGCAUUGUAACCUGAACGAUGUAUGUAAUUAUGCUCAAAAUAACGACUACAGUUAUUGGUUAUCGACUACUGAACCAAUGCCAGCUACGAUGACACCUAUUCCAUCCCCAGAAGUAGGCAGAUAUAUAUCAAGAUGCUCUGUAUGUGAGGCUCCAACUAGGGUAAUGGCAAUACACAGUCAAACAACAACAAUUCCUCAGUGUCCAAGUGGAUGGGAUGAAUUAUGGUUUGGAUACAGUUUCAUAAUGCAUACAGACGCCAACGCUGCUGGAGCAGGCCAAUCCUUAGUGUCCCCUGGUUCUUGCCUCGAGGAAUUCAGACCGAAACCCUUCAUUGAAUGUCAUGGUCACGGAAGAUGUAACUACUUCGCAACAGCUACUUCCUACUGGCUGGCUACCAUCGAAGAUAACAAUAUGUUCAAGAAACCAAGACAAGAAACUCUGAAAGCUGGAUAUCUAACGUCUAGAAUAAGUAGAUGCUCGGUUUGCAUAAGAAGAAGAUACAAUGUUCCAGAGAGACGAGUUCCAGAGAGGCGUGUUCCACCUCCUGAAUUCCGACAACCCACAAACAGAUAUCCAGAAAGUAGACGUCAACCUUCUUCUGCUUCCAACACUGGUAGAAGCUACGACUCUAGAGAUAACGAAGUAGCAUAUCAAAGGGGUUCAAAUAGAUAUUACGAAAGAAGGCCUCGUCCUGUAUCCUAUCCUGACAGCAGAGAUCCUUACCGUAGCGCCUACGAUCGAUAUAACAGAAAUCAGCAACAGGGUAGACGCAUUCGACAGGGAAUGAGAAGACAUAAAAAACACGCCACGACGCAUAUCAUUCAGAAUAACGUGUGAUUUUCAGUGCCAUUAAUUAAUGUAAUUAUGUGAAUAUGUAUGUUCGAAUUGUAUUAUAACUAUUUUUAGUUGUUCAAGAUGCCAAUGAAAUAAAUUGAGACUAUGAUCUAUGUGAUGGAGAUAGGAAAAUGACGUUUGAGAAGUUGGACAAUGUUAGUUUCAAUAUUUUGCAGUUGUUCAUUCGGGUUUCACAAUUUCACCUUUCACCCUGAUCUUAAAUGAGCAAUAUUGAAGAUUAUAUUUUAUGUGACUCCUUUAGACUUAGCUUUAACUAAUAUACGCCGUACAUUUAUAUAAAACGCUCUAUCUAAUAAGAUACACUGCCACUAGUAUUCUCAUGUCCAUAUUUGUGUAACUGAAAUAGAACUAUUAAUUAAUAAAAAAUGAGAUGAAAUAAAUAUUUGUUUCGAUA